AUGAUGAAGAUCUUUUGGAAGCGUGUGGACUCCGUCGAUUGUGAUUGGACAUUGGAAGGUUGUGUGGCGCUUACGGGUGAAGGAGUACUCAAGUACUACAGCAUGGAAAACCGCUCAGCGUUGGGCGAUACGUUGAUCUUAUUCGCGAUUUGUUUUGCUCUAUUCUUCGUCGCUUUCUGGUUCCUAUUGGUACUAGCGAACAAGCGUAUCAGUGGUCUAAUGUGGCGUUAUGAUUGGAGCUUCAAGGGGGUACUUGGUAGUAAGCACCAACGUGUUGGAAAUGCUAUUGUGAGUGAGAAACACGCGGCUACACGUAGCAGUACACGGGUGAUGGAGCGCAAGAGCCACAAUUCGUCUGAUAACUACUACAUUCAAGUGGAGACUCCACGUGUCGGAGGUGGAGUCAGUGACGUUCCAAGUAUCGCACUGGGCUGGAGCAGCUUGUCACUCAAAGCUACAGAUAGCGAGACGAAGUAUCUGAUUCAUGACGCCAGUGGAUCGGCUAAAAGCGGUGAACUUCUGCUGAUCACAGGACCUUCGGACGACGCGAACGUGAUGUUAUUGGAGAGUCUUCGUGGUCUCCAGAAGAAGGUGAAGGGUAAAAUUACGCUGAAUGGUGUGGUCAGCUCGUCACGGAAAGUUUCUGAGCACGCAGCGUAUGUAACUCGUGGCGAUCUCUUCUACGAGACGUUGACAGUGGAAGAACAUCUACACUUCCAAGCGGAAUUAAUUGCUGGUGACGUGGAGAUUGAACGCGUGGAGAUGGUUCUGGAAGAGUUGGAGCUGACGUCAAAGCGUCAUGUGCUUAUUCGAUACCUGUCUGUGGCUGACGCUAAGCUGCUGGCUAUUGCGACGUCACUGUUGAGUAACCCGUCGAUCUUACUGGUUGAGGAACCCACAUGUGGUAUGGACUUCUACUCAUCUCAACGUGUUGUGCUCAAGUUGCGUCAACUCGCUCGUACAGGACGCACUGUAGUGGUGACGAUGACACACCCGUCUUCACAUCUGUACGCUCUGUUCGAUACGUUGUACCUUCUCGCAGAUGGAGCCGCUGUCUACCACGGUAAAGUGAGGGAAGCUGUGCCGUACUUCGCCUCACUGGGGUACCAGUGUCCGCAGUACAUGAGUCCGGUGGACUAUUUCAUUCGUCAAGUGGCAGUGGAAGGCAAAGAAAACACGACGUUAUUCAAGGAGGCUUGGAAAACCCGUAAUUCCGAGCUACCGGUCGAUACUGAGACCCAAGAAGCUCAGGAUGUUGCGACUGCUAGACGCCGCAUAGGAAUCUGCGGCCAGUUGUCUCUACUGUUCCAUCGUCACAUCCUCCGGCUCCUUCGAUACCGUGUUGUGUUCGGCUGGCAUGCGUUCUGGAUGGUCAUUCUGGGUGUCAUCUUUGGCCUGAUCUUCCUGCAACUUGAUCUCGACAACCAGCAGGAUAUUCAGAACUGGGCUGGCGCUUUCUUCUACAUCAUCGUACUACAGAUGUUAGUGAUCGCGUACAGAACCUUCGUGUUCCUGCCACGUGAGAUGGCGAUCGCUGAACGGGAACACCGCUCUGGUGGGUACUACAUGGCGUGCUGGUACUUGACCAAGGUGUUCGCUGAGCUGCCAGCGAUGCUGGUGCUGUCCGUCCUGCUAUUCGUUCCGGCAAACUAA